GAGAAACGAACCCAGAAAGAACGAAAGAAACGAUUCCCACUUUCUCCCUUUUCAUAAGUAUUCAUUUCCCGUUCAAAACAUUGUCACAAUUUCCCCCCCAAACUCUCUUCGGUCACGAUUUUCUCUCCCAGUCAAAACCCAAAGCCACAAUUCCAUAACUUCACUCCGCCAUGAACCCACCCAAACAACCACCACCGCCGUCGAAUCCUCAACCGGUUGCGCCCGUUCACAUCCAACCGUCAUCACCAGGCUUCUCUCUCAACUCUAGCCCAGCCUUCGGGCCCCACCGGAAGAUCGCGAUCGCUGUCGACCUGAGCGACGAGAGUGCCUUCGCCGUCCGAUGGGCAGUGCAGAACUAUCUCCGUCCCGGAGACGCCGUGAUCCUCCUCCACGUACGGCCCACGAGCGUACUCUAUGGUGCCGACUGGGGCUGCGUUGACCUCAGCCUCGGGAACUCCGGCUCCGUUUCGUCUGACGCAAACACCACAGAAGAAUCGAAGCGGAAGCUGGAGGACGACUUCGACACCUUCACAAGCAUGAAAGCCGCAAACAUGGCUCAGCCUUUGGUGGAGGCUCAAAUCCCGUUCAAAAUCCACAUAGUGAAAGACCACGACAUGAAGGAACGGCUUUGCUUGGAGGUGGAGAGGCUGGGUCUCAGCGCUGUCAUCAUGGGGAGCCGCGGCUUCGGCGCCUCCAAACGAGGCUCCAAGGGAAGGCUCGGCAGCGUAAGCGAUUACUGCGUUCACCAUUGCGUUUGUCCCGUCGUGGUUGUUAGGUAUCCGGAUGACAAGGAUGGUGCUGGUGGUUGUAACGACGGCGAUGAUGUUCAAGCUGUGGCGGGCAGUGGCGGUGCAGUGGUUGGGCGGCCGGUGGAGCUGCAUCCUGUGCCGGAGGAAGACCAGGAGUAUCAUGACGCUUCCGAUGAGCCCAGAGCAGAUGUUUAAUGAUAGUCCAACACAAUGGCAAGAUCCUCCUGAUUUAAGACUGAAGCAACCAGGAAAAAGUUUUGAGGAUGCAGGUUGCAACUUGCAAAGAAUUGUUUAAGAAUGUGUGUUUUCUUGUCGUCACGCAACUGUUUAUGCCUUGUAGAUAUGUGGUGUCAGUUCUCUGUUUCUUCUUCUCAACUGCCUUUCUCAAAUAUGAAGUGAUGGUGGAUAUUUGUGUAUAAUUAUUCUACAUGUAAGGGAUUCAUUGCUCACUCGCUGCAUUCUGCCAAUGUUAUACUAAAACCAGUUUGUAAACUUUUUGAGCAUUCAUUUGCAGCUGUGUAGUCAGCUUUCUACUCUAUUUUGAAUAUAGACUGAAUUGGAGUCUCGAGAA